AUGCUCACGUCUAGCAACAUAACACAACUUCCAACUUCCACGCAAAAAUUUGGGAAUACGAUUUCUCCUUCUUCUUCCCUUUCGCCAACUGCACCCUCGGAUAUUCAAAAUCCGAUGGUGUUGAGCGUUAUCAUAGGAGCGGUAAUAGCUUCGGUGCUGGUUUUUUGCGUAUUACUGGCGUCAAUUAUUGUUUACUUUGAU